AUGAAAAAAAUUAAUGAAGAGUUCUACCUUGCUGCUGAGAGUGGAUCUAUUAUGAAAAUGCAAGCAUUACUUAAGGAAAAUAGAAAGAACCUCAGACCUGAUAUUAAUUUCAGAGGUCCUGACUUCAAAACACCUUUAUACUCAGCAACCUGAGAAGGACAUAUAGAAGCUGUUGAACUUCUAGUUUCUGAAGGAGCGAUUGCUGAUACCAAGACUAUUUGUGAAAGGAAUCCAUUUCACAUCGCCUGUCUUAGAGGUCACUGUGCGAUUAUGAAAUUGCUAUACAAAGCAGAGCCAAGACUUCUAGACUCUGUAGAUAUAUAUGGAAAUACUCCUACUCACUACGCAUCAAAAUACGGAAAUCUAGAGACUCUCAAAUUUUUACUCAAGCAGAACCCAAAGCUGUUCAUUAAGAACAAGAAAAACAAGAAUGCCAUGGAUGUUGCUUAUGAUGAUGAUGUUAUACAAAUUUUCUCAAAUUACAUGUCCAAGAUCAGAAAGAAUAUCAAAAGUAUUCAAAAAAGUAAAAUAUCCGCUAAUCUGGAGACCUCUGAGAAGCGUAAGUUCAAAAAUAUCCAGAAAAGUGAGAGAAAGAGCCAUGAUCCAGGCUAUUCGAGGAGGGAUACUAAGCCUGAUAAUGAGAAGUAUUUCUAUCAAGUUAGGAAAUCUACUGAUGACUCACAUCUUACAAACCAGGAGGUCAAUCACAGUUGAAAUAAAGAGAAUAUUAGCCAUCAGAAGAACAUAUUGAGACCUAAGAAUGAAAUUCAGAUUAAUAAUUUUAAUAAGAGAAGAAACAGCAAUGAUCCUAACCUAGUUCUAGGGCUCAUGACUGUGAAAAAUCAUAGUCAGCCUCUAUACUCUCGAAAUGGUAGACUUAUGCAACAAGCUAUGACUGACAGAAAUCAUUAUAAUGAGAAAGAAAAUAUAGAAGGCUUUAAUAAAAUUAGAUCCAGCACUAAGAACAGUGGAAGGAGUCGGAACGGUGGUAAACUAGGAGGCUACAGCACUGAUAAUUAUAAGUAUAACAAUACUUAUAAACAAAAUACCUCAGGUCUUCAGCCUACUAUUGCUCCAAAGAAUCCUAUUAGGAUGUAUAACACUAUUGAAGAGAUGAAUUUCGCUCCUGAAUUUGAAGAAGUUCCUGAAAUAACCCAUAGCAAGAAGAUCGGACCAAGCUCAUUCAUUCCUAUCCAAUUGCUUGGCAAAGGUUCCUUUGGAGAGGUGUAUUUAGUCCAAAUGAAGUCUAAUAACAAAUUAUAUGCAAUGAAAAUUUUACAAAAGGAUAAGAUUUUUUCAAAUAAUCUCGUAAGAUAUGCCACAACUGAGAGAAACGUCCUUACCUAUUUCACAAAGCACCCUUUUAUUGUGAACCUCAACUUCGCCUUCCAGACUGCCACUAAGCUAUUCCUGGUUUUGGAUUAUUGUCCUGGAGGGGAUCUUGGCCAGCUUAUUCAAAGAGAAGGAUAUCUCAGUGAGGAGCAAUCUAAAGUAUAUAUGGCAGAGGUCCUACUCGCUCUUGAAGAUCUACAUGAAAAUGAUAUUAUUUUCAGAGAUUUGAAACCUGAUAAUGUUGUUAUAGGCCAAGAUGGUCACUGUCUCCUUACAGAUUUUGGGUUAUCCAAAGAAGGAAUUUAUGAUAAUAAGUCAGCAACCAGUUUCUGUGGGAGUGUAGCUUAUCUAGCUCCAGAGAUGCUCAAAAGACAAGGUCAUGGAAAGAGUGUAGACUGGUAUCUCCUAGGAGUCCUUCUCUAUGAGAUGUUGUUUGGGAAGACCCCCUAUUUCUCAGAAUCAAAAGAAGAACUGUUCCAUAAUAUUAAAGGAGGCAAGCUCAAGAUUAGUAGAAAUCUUAGUGAUGAGGCUAUUGAUAUCCUAAAAUGACUUCUAAACAGAAAUCCACAUAAGAGACUUGGAGCUGGAAAAGGAGGAGCUAACGCAAUUAAAGCUCACCCAUUCUUUGAUGAAAUUGACUGGGAUCUUUGAAUGGAAAGGAAAUUAAAAGUACUUCCGGCUAUUCAAAAAGAAAUCACACCUGCUAAUAUAUCAGAAAAAGUCUUCAAAGAAGAUGAUGAAAUUGACUCAGAUCAAGUUGUCGAUGGAUGGACAUUUAUCUGGGGGUGCUCCUCUUAA